AUGCCAGCUCUCCAACGAGUCAGCUCGUGCGCAGACAUUGGCUUUACCCUUCGCCGCCAAUUCCACAAGGACGACUUUAGGCCGCAUCAGCGCGAAAUCAUCCAAGCGGCACUUGAUGGCUUCGACGUCUAUGUCCAAGCGGCCACGUCGUUUGGCAAGAGCCUCUGCUUCCAGCUUCCCGCCGUAGUUGACCAAGGCAUAACCAUUGUUGUCUCUCCGCUGCUGAGCCUGAUGAUCAACCAGGUCGAGGCUCUCAGAGCAUCGGGAAUCGACGCAAGCUCGCUGAAUAGCAAUACGCCGUAUGCUGAAAAGAACCGGAUCCAUCGAGACCUGGAGACGGGCCAUCCAAGGACGAGGCUCCUGUAUGUAACACCGGAACUAUGCUCCGCCGCUCGUUUCCGCGAUCGCCUGCAUCUGGUUUACAAGCAGAGAGAGCUGGCCAGAAUCGCCAUUGACGAAGCUCACUGCAUCUCCGAGUGGGGCCAUGACUUUCGCAAAGACUUCAAGCGACUCUCGUGGUUCAGGGAGACGUUUCCCGACGUACCCAUGAUGUGUCUCACGGCCACCGCGAAUGCCCGGGUUCGGCAAGACGUCCUCGGCGUUCUGCGUUUGGAUGCGACGCCCGAGAGGAUAAAGUCCUUUCUCAUGAGCCCGCAACGCAGCAACCUUCAUCUGGAGAUCAGGUACACCAAGGACGAGGACGACAGCCGACUGUCGGACUUUCUGAAGUGGAUUCGGGGUGUCUAUGAUCGUCGGCGAGCCGACCUGAGAAAAGAGGAGCUGAGUAAAGCGGGCGAAAGACCGGACAACGUCCCGGGGAUUAUCUACACUAUAUCACGGGAUGAGUGUGAGACGCUCUCGGCGGCUUUGCGGGACGAAGGCAUCGGCGCCCGAGCUUUUCACGCCAAGCUGCCCAAGGAACUAAAGGAGGAAACCCUUGCUCGGUGGAUCAACAACGAACCGGGCUGGGAUAUCAUUGUGGCCACGACGGCGUUUGGCAUGGGCAUCGACAAGGACAACGUGCGCUUUGUGGUUCAUUGGCGCCUGCCAAAGUCGUUUGAGGGUUACUACCAAGAGGCUGGACGGGCAGGGCGCGACGGGAAUGCAAGUUACUGCUUCUUGUACUACAGCCGCGAGGAUCUGGAGCGGGUGACUCGAAUGAUCCGGGGCGACUCAAAAGACGGGUCCAACUGCGAGGCCCGACUACGCAGCCUCCACUCUCUGGCCCUGUACUGCGAGAACACAGACUCGUGUCGGCACGCCGAGAUUUGCAAGUACUUUGGCGAGGCGUCGGUUCCGGAGUGCGACUUUGCAUGCGACUGGCACAAGGACCCGCAGGACCUCGAGAUGAGGUUUCUGAGAGGCUUGGCGGACGAGGAAUGGGUGAGCACACAGGCCAUGCAGGGGACAUAUGACGGAUACUGCGGUGAGUAG